AUGGUCAGCUCCAACAAAAUAUUUUCCCUCGAGGGCAAGGGUCUGAAACUGACCACCGCCGCGGACGUCGAGCCGCACAUCGCGGACCUCCGCGCCAACGACGUCGAGGAGGUGCACCUGCUCGGUAACAGCUUGGGCAUCGAGGCCUGCAAGGUGCUCGGCGAAGUCCUUGCCACCAAGAAGAAUCUCAAGGUCGCCAACCUGGCCGACAUCUUCACCGCUCGCCUCCUCUCCGAGAUUCCCGACGCGCUCUCGCACCUCCUCACGUCGAUCCUGAACCUACCCCAGCUACACACCAUCAACGUCAACGACAACGCCUUUGGCCUCAACACGCAGGCGCCGCUCGUGGCCUUCCUCGCCGCCCACGUUCCCCUGCAGCACCUGUACCUCAACAACAAUGGCCUCGGUCCCCAUGCUGGUAUCCUCAUCGCCGACGCGCUCUCGGAGCUGCACGCCAAGAAGCAGGCGGCCCGCGCCGAGGGCCGCGUGGUGCCGGACCUCGAGACCGUCAUCUGCGGCCGCAACCGCCUCGAGAACGGCAGCAUGACGGCCUGGGCCCGAGCGUACUCGCUGCACAACAAGAUUCGCGUCGUCAAGAUGGUUCAGAACGGUAUUCGCCAGGAGGGUAUCAGCCACCUCAUUGGCGAAGGCCUCAAGAACGCGGCUGACCUGCAGGUGCUCGACCUCCAGGACAACACCUUUACGCUGCGCGGCUCCCGCGCCCUGGCGUACGUGGCCCCCCGCUGGGCAGCGCUGCGAGAGCUCGCCGUCGGUGACUGCCUGCUUGGCGCCAAGGGCAGCGUGCUGGUCGCCGCCGCGCUCGCCGGCGGCUCCAACGCCAAGCUGGAGACGCUGCGCCUGCAGUUCAACGACAUGACGCCCGCUGGCCUCAAAGGCUUCGCCGAGGCCGCCAAGAAUCUACCCACGCUCAAGCGUAUCGAGCUCAACGGCAACAAGUUUGAGGAGGAGGACGAAAGUGUCAGCGCCCUGCAGGAGCUCCUCGAGGAGCGCAAGGAGGCCCACGGCGGCGACGUGGUCGCCGAGGACGAGUGGGGCGUGGAUGAGCUUGACGAGCUCGAAGGCAUCGACAGCGACGAGGAGGAAGAGGAGGAGGAAGAGGAGGAGGAGGAGGGCGUCUCUCCCGAGGCGCGUGCCGAGAAGCUCAUCAAGGAAGCCGAGGAGGCGCAGGAGGAGCCUACCGUGCAGCUGGAGGAUAAGAACGUGGACGAGCUUGCCAAGAAGUUGGAGAAGACGGGCAUUUAA